GCACGUCGCAAGGGCGCAAAGGCACUGCCUCGUCUGCCGCUCUCCGCAUUUACCCCACCCAACACCGGAUCGUCCGAGGCAUUCCCGCUGCCCCCCAGCCCAAGCACACUGCAGCCAGAAGAGCUUGUCGACGCGUACGUGAUCGCCCCGGAUGGCGACUUGAGCGAGUGGAAGGCGCAAGCGGGCGAGACCCUGCGCCGCAAGACCAAGGGCGUCGUGCUGGCUCUGCCCCAAAAGGAGCCGGCUGAAGUCGAGAAGAUCCUGGCAAAUAUCCGAUCAGGAUCACUCGAUGUCCCUGUUGUAGCUGUGCUUGUGCCCGUCAUUCCCGCGGAGGGCGAGGCGACGUUCACGCCCCCUGCCUACCUCGAAUCGCCGGGCAGCUCGACGCCGGCACUCGUCCCCUCUGCCAUCUUCACGAAGAACGAGCCGCGGGUCCGGGAGGCACUGCAGUGGGCGCUGAAGACUGGGCACACCGUCCACAUAGAUGUCCAAUGCGAUAUACGCGAGGUCGAGGGUGGCUGGGACGCACUGGAAGAGAUGCUGACGAGCAUGACCAUCUCCAAGGACGUCAAGGAGCUCCAUGGAAAGAUUGUCGUGUCGAAUAUCCUGCCGCCUCCGGACGACCUUGCUCUGCCGAUCGUGAAGCUGUUGACGCACCCGUCGUAUCGCAACUACCAGUCACACGCGGCAGCACUGUCGCUGUUCGGGAACGUGUGGGUGAACCUGCUCCCUCCUGCGUGGGGUGCGCCCGUCCCGUCCGCGUCGCAGAAGGAGCGCAACGAGUGGAAGCGCAGGCUCAAGAUGUAUAUCAGCCCUGUCGUCGAGGCAUUCGGCUUCCAGCGUAUCAUCUUCGGGUCUUCGCCGUCACUGGCGUCGCAGGCGACGUCGAAGGCGGGCGACUGGUACGAGCUCGCGCGCGAGUCGUUUGCGGAGCUAGGCGUAGAACAAGACGCCAUCGACGCUGUCUUCAACGGUAACGCCAAGCUUGCGUAUGGGUCGUGA